GACGCCAUUAUCUUGAUUUGUAUUAAAACAUUAGAGGUUCUCAAUAUGGUUCAAGAUUCAUUUAAGAUUAAUAUUUGGUAAAAAUGGACAAAACACCAACGUACAAAGUUCGUCAUUCUCUUGGUAAUCAAGAGUGUAAAAGAUGUGCAAAAGAGAUCACACCGCAUUCGAUUCAAAUUGGUAUCAUCCUUCAAUCCGACAAAAGAUAUACUCGAUGUGAUGAAUGGUAUCACCAAAACUGUUUUUUCAAAGUAAAAGAUCCAAAAUUGGAAUCCGAAUUCGACGGACUUGACACAUUACGACCGUUCAAUCAACAGGCGAUAAAAGCACGCUUAGGCAUAACAAAAAGUAACCCAAACGAAAAAGAAACUGCAUUUAGACGCAAAUCUCCAAAUCGUGAAAUUACUAGAUUAUCCACUUCCAAUGGGUCAAACCAAACUGUCAAAAUAACGAAUUGGCGAGAAAAAAGAGGAGAGGAUGUACGUUUGUUCCCAAAAUCAAAGUCAACACAAAACCCUAAUAGCUCAAAUUGGCGAGUUAAAAAUGCUGAAAAAUUGGGGAGUGAUCCGCGUACUGGUACCAACAAAACAAAUGUACCGCAGAGGAAUGGAACGUCUUCGUCACAAGAAAAUAUACCCAAAUCGGAAGGUACAUGGAAACGUGAUGAAGGCUUCAAACCCUUUGCAAAGAAUAAACCGAAGAUGUCAGAAACAAAAUCCAUUACUAGCGAAAAAACUGAUAUUUUGCGAGCAAACUAUAACAACAUUGAAUUCAACAAAAAAGCAUUUGAACCUAAAAUUGAAAAUUCGUCGCCGAUUUCAAGCUUAAUAACUGCUACUUUGUUUAAUUUUGAUAAAAUUAUCAAUCAUAUUGAGGAAUUGAAAGUUUUCUCCGGAUAUUGCCAGAAUAUGAAUCAAACGGAUGGUAAUUGCGUGAAAUCGUUAAGAAUAUUUUAUGAUGGACUCAACGACACACUGGAAAAAAUGCAAUCAAUGUUUGAGAAAUCUGACGAAGAUAAUACUGAAGUCAAUGGAAUGCGAAAUGAUGUUAGAAAUUUGCAGAAACUUAUUUCCACAAGUGAAAAAUUGAUUGAAAAUCAAAAAUAUCUUGAAGCCAUAGACAAGUACACAGAAGCACUGCAAUUGAAGCCAUCGAACAACUUGGUUACUUUUGAUUUGCUACAGCAUCGUGCGCUCGCAAAUUCGAAAAUUGGAAACUUUCGUGAUGCUGUGAACGAUUGUGGCACAGCGCUGGACAUUAAUCCAGAUGACAUAAAUGUAAGAGCUCUACGAGCUCAAUGCCAUCAUUAUUUAGAUGAUUUCGAAGAAUGUGUUGUGGACUACGAGAUUUUACAAAACAACAAAACAAUUCGAAGCGACAGUCAAAAAUGUGCAGAAGUGAAAUCUCAACUGAAAGUUUGGAGAGCCGAAAUGAAACGCAAGCAAGCAGACGAACAAAACUCUCUUGGCGACCAAGAAUUGAGCUCACAAAAUUACUAUUCAGCGGAGAAUUAUUACAAUAAAGCUAUUGAAUUAUGGCCGAAUAAUGUCAUUUACUAUGGCAAUCGAUGUACGUGUUUGAUUGAACGAGGUGAAUACAAACGAGCACUUCAAGAUAGUCGACAUGCUGUUGCAUUGGAAAACAGCUUCACGAAGGGUUAUGAACAAAUGGCAAGAUGUAGUUUGAUUCUUGGUUACUAUGGUGUUGCCGAUCAUGCGAUCAAAAAACUCGACGAAAAUAAAUCUUAUGAGAUUGUUUGUAACAAUUUUAAAGACUUGCGCAUAAAAUUGCAAAAGAGUACGUCACUUUGCAUCCAAAAUAAAAAUGAUGAAAAAUUCGAAGAAGCAAUUUCGUAUGCUGAUCAAGGCUUGAAAGCAUCGCCGGAAUGCGUGAAUAUUAAAAUGUUAAAAGCAGAAUGUUUGAUGCAUCUUGGCAAAAUUGAGGAAAUUGAAGCAAUGGAAAAAAUGUGGGGCCUCUCGAAUGCCGAUCAAUGUUAUCUCAAAAGCCUUUGCUCUUACUAUCAUGGAAAUUUGGAAGAAGCCAUACUGCAGUUAAAAGAAGGCCAAAGAGAAGAUCCAGAUCAUACAAAUUCCAAACUUUUGCAAACCAAACUCGAAAAAAUACAGAAAGGAAAAUCAAAUGGUGAUAAAAUGUUUGCAGAAGAUAGAUUUUAUGAAGCUGCUGAUUUAUACACAGAAGCACUUGACAGUGGCGAUAUCAUAGAUUCGAUUGCAUUCCAUUUGCUAAAAAAUCGUGCUGUAGCUCAAAGAAAAAUCGGUAAUUUCCGUGAUGCCAUUUCUGAUUGUUCCAAGGCAUUGAAAAUCGAUGAAAACAAUCUCGAUGUUUUAUUGCUACGAGCAGAUUGUCAUUCUUGCUUGGAAUUAUUUGAACAAUCAAUAAAUGACUAUGAGGCUGCAAUAAACACUGAAACGCUAAAAAAUGAUGCGGAAAGAUUUGAAAAAAUUCAGUUAAAAAUAAACAAAAUGAAAGUUGAUGCAAAACACGAAAAGGCAAAAAAUAUGAAUAGUCACGCAAGUGACAGAAUGGCAAAGGAGGAAUUUGAAGAAGCGUUGAAUUUUUACAGCCAAGCUAUUGGCUUGUGGCCUGAAAAUAUCUCAUUUUUGAGUAAUCGUGCGAAUUGCUAUAUUAAAAUGGAAAAACAUAAAGCUGCUGUGGGAGAUUUUCAAUCCAUUUUGGCGACCGGUAACAUAUAUCCCGAAGACUUCUAUCAAAUGAUCGCAUGUUUCAUAAUUGUCGGUGAUGUCAUCAAUGCAGAAAAAUUUACCUCGAAAAGUGACGAAUUUCCAACAAAAAAUGGAAUUCGCAUGAACGUAAUAAAUUCAAGAAUAAAUAAAUUAAAGACCUAUUGGUUAAAAGCGGACGAAUUUUACGAGAAAAACAAUUUCCAAAUGGCGCUUGAAUUUAUUGAAAAUGCGUUAGAUAUUGCACACGCAAGUGCAAAACUAAAGCUAUUAAAAGGGGAAUGUCUUGCACUAACGGGAAAUUUCAUGGAAGCAAUUAAAAUCGCUACAUCGUAUAUUAAGUCUGAUAAAUCAACUGCGGAUGCUACAUAUGUUCUAGCGCUGUGCGUGUAUAAGGACGAUUGGGAAAAAGCGAUAACACAUUUGAAGAAUGUGCUUUUAUUUGACCCCAACCAUGACAAAGCAAAAACAAUGUUGCAACGAAUAAACAAAUUCAAAGAAAUGGAAAGAUCCGGCAAGAAAUUAAUGGAAGAGAAAAAAUAUAGAGAAGCGAUUCAUACUCUAAGUGAAGCCAUUGAGUCCAAUCCAAUUGAUAAUACAGAUAUAACAGAUCUGAUAUUCAAUCGUGCUUCUGCAAGUUCCAAAUGUGGAGUCUAUCGAAUUGCAAUCGAUGAUUGCACAAAAUUGAUUAACAAUGUCAAGUAUCGCGCCAAAGUUCUGGAAAUUCGCGCGGAAUGUUACCUUACCUUAAGAUUAUAUUCGAAAAGUGUUCGUGACUGCGAGGCAUUACUGAAACUAAUCGACUCUUCAUGCACGCGGACUAUGUUUAAUCGGGCACAGAUCAAAUUGUUAAACUCGUCUUCUCAUAGCCAUUACGAUGAAUUAGAUAUCUCAUCGACUGCCACCCCGGAAGACAUUAAAAAAGCAUAUAAAAAACUCGCACUGAUUCACCAUCCUGACAAGCAUUCGAAUGCGCCCGAAGAUGAGAGAUUGGAACAACAGGAAAUAUUUAAAAAAAUAAACACUGCUCAUGAAGUGCUCUCAGAUCCAAUAAAAAGAGCAACAUAUGAUCUCUGAUUUUAUAAUUAUUAAUUCUCUAAAAAAAUGAAAAGAGACAAAAAUUUGAAAUUAUUUGUGAAAUUGAGAGCUCUCCAAGAAAACUUCAAGUAUAAAAUAGAUUUAUGUAGGAUCAACAUUGCAUAUGUGACCGUGUUCAUUGAGACUGUGAUUUAUGCGAUUCUGCCACUUGUUGUUUUAUUCUAUUUAAAACUUCUGUAUUAGGUAUGUAAGCUUGACAUUUUCCCGGAUCUUUUGUGGCUUAAAUUCUCUCUUUAGUUGUGUGAUUGACUGAUCAUAAAAAGUGAUUGAUUAUUAUUUGCAAGUUUAGAGGAUCAAUGGCAAGAACACUCAUGAAUGAGAAAUCAUUUGAAAUAAUUUUUUAAACAUACGUCAAUUGCAACAAAAUUCUUCAAUUUUAAAAUGUGUCUUGUUUUUGUUUUCGUCGUUGAUGCAUGCGAGCGUGUAAUUAGUUAACGUUUGUGUCUAUUAAUUAAGAUGGCCAAAAUCAUAUGAUCGUGUUUCACAAUCGUGUAAACAAUUCAAUUGUGCGUUUUGAGUCGGUUUAAAAAGGGCAUGACCGAAAAAUCAUUCAAUUCAUUUGAUGUGGGAAUGACUUUAAGUUGAAACAUUUUGUAAUUUACAACAUGACAUAAUCAUCCGUCGUUAUUUAAGCUGCGCUAUUUAUUCGAAUGCAAAUAUAUUUGUCGAAUGACAACAAAGCACACAACUAAAUAGAGCCAAAUUAAAGCACCCAAAGGAAGCGAGCAAUUUUUUUGUUAUUUUAAAUAAAACCAUAACAUGAACCGUAGCUCAUGCAAGCAGUUCGUGUAUAUUUAUCGUCA